CCCACACCCACAUACUCGAGAAUUGACUGAAGGCAACUCACUUAUACAACAGGUAGCUAUGGGUGACGAGGAAUCUCGAGCAUUUCCAAGACAUCAAAUACAGCCUUCAACGUCAAACCAACCAGCUUUCCACACCAUAAUGAUCCCCGCGGAGUCGACGGAGCCUACCAAUGCCUCAUUUAAAGAACUAGUCAAGUCAAAGCCUUCUCUUUUAUCCAAAUGGAAAGAAUUUGCCACAAACACAACUGUCCAUGGGCUACGAUAUGUCGUCCAAACGUCCCAACCUAGUUAUAGACGAAUGGUGUGGGCACUUUUACUCUUUGCGGCCUCAGGUGCUUAUCUGUACAAUUCAACAAAAAGCGUGAAAAAAUAUUUUUCAAGACCAAUAAAAACUGAAAUUUCGCAAGAAACGCCUCGAAAUGGCCUAAAGUUUCCUGCGGUUACAAUCUGCAAUUUAAAUCAGUUCAUGAAAACGAAAAUAGACACAACUGACGAGGACGAUAAUUUUGAAAAGCUGGGAUUAAACAUCAGCGGAUGCGAUGAAACGAGAAACGUCCGUGGUAAUAUGACAUGUGGCCAAGCUUUAUUAUGCGCUUUCAAUGAUUUUGGUCCCUUUCUGGUGAACAACUGCAAUAUUCCAACUAGGCAGAGAAUAAUGAGUGUCCUUAAUCACACGAAACGUAUCUUUGAUAAAAAAGAAUUCCUUGCUAAGUAUGGGCACGACCUCUUUGGAAUUAAAAGCAUGAAUGGAGGUACGAAUCACUGUGUUUUUGAAGACAAGGAACGAAUAAAAUGCUCAGAACAACACUUUAUUCCAAUUGUUACAAAUAGCGGCAUCUGUUACACAUUUAAUUCUGGUUAUAAUGGAUCUGCAAAGAGUGAGCUGUUUCGUUCUUUAUAUCAAGGGUCAGACUUUGGUCUAGCCAUUGCUGUCGACGUUCAAACCAAUGAGUCCACCUUCAGUAGUUCUUCAAGUGGCUUAGCUAUCAUUGUACAUGACCAGGACACCUAUGUAAACUAUCAUUCUGCGUUUAAAGUCCAGCCCGGCGCACAUGCGUCUGUCGCAGUCAAGUUAACCCAGUACAAAAGACUCCCAAAGCCCUAUAGAACAAAUUGCAGCGAAGUGGAUAGUUUGGCAGGGAUCAAGUCAUACACGAAGGAUGGCUGCAUCUAUCAGUGUCAGUCAAAUCACAGUAUGGAUAAAUGCGGAUGCCGAGAAGAUUAUACUUUACCAGAUCUGCGGGGUUUGCCCGUGUGUUCCUUUCAAGACCACCCAUGUCUUCAAAAGGCAAAAAGUAAGGAAACUGUUUUUUUUCAUAAAUCGUUCACACUUCCACGGUGAGCAACAACGCUUAUCUGUUGGUUCAUUCAUUUGGCCGCUUUUCCACUGAAUUCCAAGCCAA